AGCUGCAGGACUCAAGACCUUGAGCGGCUCAGGAAGAACAAGCCCUUGAUUACAGCCACAAUUACAGGCCUGCCACAUCUGCCAGGAAAGCAUGUUACUAGCCACAUUUAAGCUGUGUGCCGGGAGCUCCUACAGACAUGUGCGGAACAUGAAAGGACUGAGGCACCAAGCCAUGCUGGCCAUUGGCCAGGAGCUGAACCGGACACUGGGGGACCCCAGCCCUGAAUGGAUCAGUCAGGUUCGGCGUCGGAGCUCGCUGCUUGGUUCUCAGCUGGAAGACACACUCUACAGUGAGCAGGAGCUGUCCUACAUCCAGCAGGGAGAGGUGGCCAUGCAGAAGGCCUUGGGCAUCCUCAGCAACCAGGAAGGCUGGAAGAAGGAGAACCAGCAGGAAAAUGGGGAUGAAGUGCUAAGUAAAGUAGUCCCAGAUGUGGGCAAGGUGUUUCGGUUAGAGGUGGUGGUAGACCAGCCCAUGGACAGACUCUACGAAGAACUGGUGGACCGCAUGGAGGCAAUGGCAGAGUGGAACCCAAAUGUCAAGGAGAUCAAGGUCCUGCAAAAGAUUGGCAAAGACACAGUCAUCACCCAUGAGCUGGCUGGGGCAGCAGCGGGCAACCUGGUGGGGCCCCGUGACUUCGUGAACGUGCGCUGUGCCAAGCGCAGAGGCUCCACCUGUGUGUUGGCAGGCAUGGCCACACUCUGUGGGGAGAUGCCCGAACAAAGUGGUGUCAUCAGAGCUGAACAGGGUCCCACCUGCAUGGUGCUUCACCCACUGGCUGGAAGUCCCUCAAAGACGAAAUUCACUUGGCUGCUCAGUAUUGACCUCAAGGGGUGGCUGCCGAAGACCAUCAUCAACCAGGUCUUAUCGCAAACCCAGAUGGAGUUUGCCAACCACCUGCGCAAGCGCCUGGAGUCCAGCCCUGCCUCUGAGGCCCGGUGUUAAGGACCGUGCCCACUACAUCAACCUGCAUGCCACCAGCAGACCCCCGCAGGAAGCCUGCAAGUCUCUUUCAGAUCUUCAGUGGAUGACAACAGGGGUGUCAGUGUCAUCGGACACUAGGACUGGCUGGUAAAAAAGUGACCAUCAGGAAAACAGAGAUGAAGCCCAGAGGAAAAGACCUCCGGCCUCUCCACCGAUUAGCUGUGAGGUGGAGGCUAAGGGAUAGACAUCUGGUAAACCUUUCUUCUAGGCUCGUAUAUGCUCACUUAAAAAAUCCUGCUCAAAAUGCCAGUAGCUGAUGUGGCAAGGCGGGGUGCUAAGAAUCAGGAACUGUUGUCUUAUGAGCGCAAAAUGCCACUGCCUGAAGCAGUGUGUGCACAAUGCAAGGUUUUACCCAGGGAACUCCAGUGACCUUUUGCUCCUCCAUAAAAGGCCCAGAACAUCAAGCUACCCACAAAUGGACCCUUCCAGAGUAUGUAUUCUGUUUUCUCCAAGGAGAAACAAAACUAUUAUGCUGGCUUCUCUACUUAUUCCAUCACAAUAAAGCACCAUACAUGCAAAUUUCAGCUUGUACUUGUCAAGUCCUACUCUACAGAAUCUGUGCUGGGAGUCACAGCUUCAUUAGAGUUCUGGACCAAGACUGUGGGUUCAAAUUUCCUAGUUCAUCAAAGGGAACAACACUUCUGGAGAUUAUCAUUGGAUUGUUUAGACUCUUUCCUAAAAAUGUAAUUUUCUCACAAACACAGCUCUAAAUUAGUUCUUAAAGAACUCUAGCCUAAAGCCAGUAUGAUGGCACAUGCCUUUGAUCCCAGCACUUGGGUGGCAGAAAUAGGUGGGUCCCUGUAAUACUGAGGCCAGCCUGGUCUACAUCGGAUAGCCAGAGCUACACGGUGAGACUCUGUCUCAAAAUACAAAAAUGGGUUGGAGAGAUGUCUCAACAGUUAGGAGCACUGGCUGCUCAUUAGGGGAUACAGGUUCAAUUCCCAGCAACACAUUGCAGCUCACAACUGUAAUUCCAGACCCAGGGAACCUCUUCUGUGGGCACCAGGCACACACUUGGUACACAGACAUACAUACAAAUAUGCAGGCUGAACACCAUAAUCAUUUAAAAAAAAAACCCUCUAGUCAGGCAUCAUGGCUCAACAGCUGUAAUCUCAACACUCCAAAUGACGACACAGGUGAAUUGUCCUAAGUUCCAGGCAAGCUUGAAGCACUGUGAGACCAGCUCACAACAAACAAACAGAAACUAUUUAGAGCUAUCAGUUAAGAUUCAUAGCCCUAAAAGAGGAAGAUGAUAACAGGGCUUUCAUUUAUCUAAUUAAAAGGGUAAUACCAAAUAAGAAAUACUGACCAAUAAUGCCAAGAUAAAGUAACUAUGUGUAUUAUUUAUGAGUUUAGUUAUGAAUACAGAUUAGAUAGAUGGCAGCUUGGCUAAGAGCUAGCAACUUUAUUUGAAAAGCUUAAAAUAUUACCACUUGGGAAGAGAAGAUAUCUAGAAGGCGAUAUGGUGAUAACAAAUUUCUGUUCCAGGAGCCAGAGAAAUUAUGCUUUAAAGAUUUAAGUUGGGGGCCAGCAAAAUGACUCAGUGUGUAAAUGUUUGCCACCAAGCCUGAUGACUGGAGGGUGACUCCUGGACCCCACAUAAAGGUGGAAGGAGGGAACUGAAAAACUGAUUCCACAGAACUUCCUGACCUCCACGCAUUUACAUUCACACCCAUACUAAAAAAUCUUGCACAUAAAUAUAUAUAUACUGGAAUUCCUUUGUUGAAUGUGUUAAGGAUGGGAAAACCCCCAACUAUUACAACUAAAGCUUUUCACUGGGUAGGCAGCAAGCACUUUUAUCUGAAGUGCUGUCUUGCCAGCCCAUUUUCCUGUCUUUUGCAAAGAAUUUUAGCUUAUUUAAGAGUAAAGCAGAAGCAGUGUGAAUACUUAUUUAUUGAAGUUUUAAGAUAUAACAACUGGUAUUUAUUAUAACUCAUUCUGAUUGCUUCCAGUCUACUUUGGACACAGAUUAAGACUGUUGCUCAUCCAGGAGCUUCAGGGUGAGGAAGGGCAGUUGUAGGGCUUUUCUGCCAGAACCGUCAUGAUCAGCUAAGGGAACGCAGUCGCUUGCUGAGUCAGUCCCACACCAAGUAUGCUGGCUUCGAGAGAAAAGGCCGAUGGUGAAGAAAAGGCCCUUUAGCAAACACUGAACUAUCAUUUGCUCCUUCACACCCUGUAACUGUAUCUUUGUGCUGUCUGAGAUGUUUUACCCCUUUGUUUAAUUUUACAUUUGAAUAAAACUAAUUGUCAAUGGUAAUCUCA